GGUCUGCCACCGCUUUGCGCUGUUUUAAUCUCUUGGGGUCUCCUUGAAGUGUUCCAGUCAUGGCUUCCAAUGUCAUAUCUUGGCAAAAGAAGAAGCAUGCGAGCCAUGUCAAAACUGAUUAUGCUUACCAUCACACUAAAAGUGCUGUGAAGCAUCAUACUGAAAGGAAAUCAAGUUCUAAAUCGGUGAGCAAGGAGCACGCCCACGCCACAACGGCUAUGGCAGAACCGGCCUAUACUAUACCGGCUUUCCGGCAGAGGAGUGCUGAUGAGAUUGAGGAGUACCAGAGAGUAUCCACAAAUGUUGGGAAAGGACUGGCUGUUAUUCAGGAGGAGAUCUCAAGGAUACGGAUUUCCACCAAGGCUCAUGUGGAGAGUCUUGCGAUGCAGAGAGAGGUUAAAGACAUGAUGUACACAAAGGUGAUUUCUUUGGACGAAAUCCCCAAGUUGCCGGAUUUCGUGGUGGCCCUGAGGCCCCACACCGUGUGGGAGAAGACUCCCGUCAAACUGUUCUGCACCGUGCAGGGAAACCCGAGGCCCAUUGUUAAAUGGUAUAAAGGAGGAGCGCCAGUCGACCCACUGAGCGCUCCAGGAAAGUACAGGAUUGAAAACAAGUAUGGAGUCCACAGUUUGAUCAUUAGCAGAUGUGCUGUGAGUGAUACCGCUGAGUACAGCGCCGUGGCAACCAACCCUCACGGCACAACUACCAGCAAGGCUACCGUUACCGUGAAGAGGCCGUCAGGAGCUGGGGCUUCCUGCCAGCUGGAUAUAGUUCCUCAUCUGACUGAGAUCCAUCCCAGUAAGCUGGAGGUCAGCCUGCUGGAUAAGUUCUCAGUGAGCUUCGGUGUGGAGGGCAACUCCAUCAGCCUGGUCUGCACCAUGGUCGUCGUCCCCGACCUCCCCAACGUCCCACCGCACGCCGAGUGGUACAGAGACGAUAAUCUGCUGAAGCAGGGUAAGCUGGCGGAGAUGUCCGUGGGUGGAGGCGCGGCCCGUCUGAAGCUGCCCCACCUGGCCAAGGACGACGAGGGCCUCUACACACUCCGCAUCUUUACUAAGGACGGGACUGCCGAGCACAGCGCCUACCUGUUUGUGGCUGAUUCUGCUCCCUCUGCAGCCGGUGCCCCUGGUGCACCAAUGAGUGUCAAGGCAUAUGACGUCAACGCCGACUACAUCCUGGUUGCCUGGAAACCCCCCAACUCCGUCAACGAGGCGGCGAUCACUGGAUACUUUGUGGAUCGGUGUGAAGCCGGAAGCGACCACUGGGUCCAGUGCAAUGACGCCCCAGUGAAAGUUUGUAAAUACCCGGUGCACGACCUGAAAGUGGGCCACUCCUACCACUUCCGGGUCAGAACCGUGAACAGCGUCGGCGUCAGCAAGCCGUCCCGCAAGUCGGACAAAGUGACCGCCCUCGACCCUGCCGAGAGCGAGAGACUGCAAGUGAUUAAAAUCGAAGGGAAAUACGACAUAGUGAUCAAGGACGAUGACCUGGAAGGCUACGUAACUCUCCCUGGGGAGCCCACAGAUGUGCAUGCAUCUGAGAUUUUCAAAUCGUACGUUGUGCUGAGCUGGAAGCCUCCCAGCCCUCGCGGACGAGCCCCGCUGUGGUAUGUCGUUGAGAAGGUGUGUGUCGCUCCGCCUCUGGCCGUCCAUUUUCCAUCAAUCGACUCCAGCGCCCCUCAUGGCAUCACCAUGCUGAGCUGUGACGGCUCCUCCAUGACUUUGGCCUGGAAGAGUCCCAAACACUGCGGCGGCUCCAAGAUUAAGGCUUACUACGUGGACCGGCGUAACGUAGACAAUAUGAUCUGGAAGGAGGUGAACCUGACGGGCUUCAAGGAGAGAACCUGCACUGUUGAACAUCUGACGGAGGGAUCCUUCUACGAGUUCAAGAUCCAGGCCGCUAACAUGGCCGGUGUGGGCGUGGCCUCUGUUCCCAGCGCCGCCAUGAAAUGUGAAGCUUGGACCAUGGAAGCGCCCGGUCCAGCUUAUGACCUGAGCUUCAGUGAGGUCAGAGGUCACUCCCUGGUCCUGCUGUGGAAAGCUCCAGUCUACACUGGAGCGAGCGCAGUCACCGGAUACAUGGUGGAAAUGGCCAAAAAGGGCUCAAAGGAGUUUGUCUCCUUAACUCAUGAGGCUGUGAACCAUCGCUACCUGCAUGUGAAAAGUCUGGAGGAAGGUCAGUCCUACGUGUUCAAAGUCCGUGCAGUGAAUGGAAACGGUGUUGGAAAAGCUUCCCAGCUGUCUGAGCCAGUCUGUGCCAAGGCUCUCCCAGGCACCAAGGAGAUUGUGGCCGGUGUGGACGAGGAGACCGGAGACAUCUACCUGUCUCUGGAGGCCUGCGAGAUCAGCGAGACCUCCAAGUUCGUUUGGUCCAAGAACUACAAACCCAUCGGCGAAUGCCCCAGAGUCUCCGUCACAGGAGAGGGCAAACACUCCAGACUGACUUUCACUCACCCUGAUAAAGAUGAUUUGGGGAAAUACUCCGUGGUCCUCACCGACACCGACGGAGUCUCUGCCAGCCACACUCUGACUGAGGACGCUCUGAACACCAUGCUGGAGCUCAGCCACGCCAUCAGACAUCCAGUUAUUCCUCUGAAACACGGCCUCAACUACGAGAUUCUGGAGAAGGGUCACGUGCGUUUCUGGCUGCAAGCCUUCAAACUGUCCCCGUCCGUCUCCUACCGGUUCAUCGUUAACAACAAGGAGGUCACCAGCGGGGAGGGCCAUAAGAUCAGCCAUGACGCGGCCACAGGAAUCAUCCAGAUGACGGUGGAUCAUUUCACCAGAGCCAACGAGGGAACGUACACCGUCCAGAUCCACGACGGCAAGGCCAAGGCCCAGACCUCCCUGGUCCUGGUGGGAGACGUGUUCAAAGCUGCUCUGAAGGAGGCUGAGUUUCAGAGGAAAGAGCACAUCAGGAAGCAAGGUCCACAUUUCUCUGAGUAUGUUUAUUUCACCGUCACUGAGGAUUGCACCCUUAUGCUCGAGUGCAAGGUGGCGAACGUGAAGAAGGAGACAAGUUUCCACUGGUACAAAGAGGACGAGGAGCUGGUUCCAGAGACUCCUCCCAACGUCAUGUCUGGAGUCUGCUCUAUCGCCAUCCCACUGUUCUCCAGAAAAGAUCACGGCAUCUUCAAGGCCGUGCUCAGUGACGACAGAGGAAAGGACACAUCUGUGCUGGACAUUACAGGCCAAGUGUUUGAUGACAUCAUCAACGCCCUCGCCAAAGUGGCCGGUGCGUCCGCCUCUGAGCUGGUGCUGCAGUGUACUCCGGAGGGCAUCAGGCUGCAGUGCUACAUGAGCUACUACACAGAGGAGAUGAAGACCGUCUGGAAACACAAGGAGAGUAAGAUCGCCUCCUCUGAGAAGAUGAGGAUCGGAGGCACGGCAGAGAUGGCCUGGAUGCAGAUCUGCGACCCGUCCGACAAGGAGAAGGGUCACUACACCAUCGAGAUCUCCGACGGAGAGAAGACACACACCAGGACCUUUGACCUCUCUGGACAAGCGUACACCGACGCCUAUGAGGAGUACCUAAGACUUAAGGCAGCUGCAUUUGCUGAGAAGAAUCGCGGCAGAGUGGUCGGUGGUCUGCCCGAUGUCGUCACUAUUAUGGAGGAGAAGUCCCUGAGCCUGACCUGCACCGUGUGGGGCGAGCCGACUCCCGAGGUCACCUGGUUCAAGAACGAGCAAGAAGUCGCCUCCACCGAGCACACCAAGAUCAUGUUCGACGGCGGUAAGUUCGCCAGCCUUGUCAUCAACAAAGUCUCUCCCGAGGACUCCGGCAAGUACAGCAUCAACGUGAGGAACAAGUACGGUGGCGAGUUCGUCGAGAUCACCGUCAGCGUCUACAAGCACGGCGAGAAGAUCCCCGAACCCAAACUGGGACAUCCCAAAACGCAAUCAGCCACGCCUGUGCCGCCGAAAUCCCCCGCUCCAUCCCACAAGGCGCUGUCCCCAACCCCUCCUAAGUCCCACACCCCAGCAUCCAUGAAGAGCCCAACUCCAGCUUCCACCCCGGUCCCCAAAUCCCCAACUCCGACCCCUAAGUCUCACACCCCGGUUCCCAAGUCUCCAACCCCAACUCCCAAGUCUCAUACCCCGAUCCCCAAAUCUCCAACUCCAUCUCGUGGCGUCAAGUCACCAACCCCUCCCAGAUUCAUGAAGUCUCCCACCCCACCCAGGAAGUAGACGGUGGUGACGUCUGAGGGAUGGGGGGGAAACGUCUGCUGAGAACAACGCUGAUUUAAAGCAUGAGUGUGGAACCACGUUGUUACUUUAAGGUUUAGAUUUUUAACGUAAUCACUGUUAGAAGUCCCGAUGUUCUGAACUGCUGCGUAUUCUGGACUACAACUCCCAAAAUAACCAGUUUCGUACAUCCUCUCUUCAUUUGGAGAAUUAGUUACAGGAUACAUGUAGAAUAAAACCUACACAGGAGGGGCUUUUACAGUGCUUACUACAUACAGCAGAUGUUACAUGUCCUUCAACUGGUCACUGUGAUGUUGGAAAAAAGCAAAAACUAAGAAAAAUGAAAAGGCCGGGGUAGAUAUUAAUGUUCCAUGUGUCUAAAAGCUGCACCUUCCACUAUGCAAUUUCAGUGGAAAGCCUGUAUCCAUCUUUUGUGGAUGUUUUUACUUGUUUUUCUUGUGGUGUUUAUUACAACUUUGGUCUUAUUUCUGGCGUUUCGGCCAUCGUUUCUGGUUAAAUGCUGAUUUCUGGGAAGCAAUAACUCUUAAAAAAAAAAAAAAAAAAAAGUCAGAUGUGGCAAGAAGUACGAGCAAUCCUCCCAGGGUUGACAAACUUUAUAGGAAACAGUAAAAUCUUGACCCAAAAUGUCCGUUUGACCACAGAGUGAUUAUUGUAGUUUUGCUCACUGCUGGUUUGUUUGAUCGUGUUUCUUUCUGUCACCACGUUCCCAGAUUUUAGCAAGUAAACUGUUGAGUGCAAUACUAUAUAUAUGUUUAUCAAAACUGAAGUAAUAUCCAAAACUACAGAAAUAAGACCAAAGUAGUAAUAAAUCAUUUAUCAUUUUAAAACUGGGCAUCCUGGGAGUUAGUCAGUACCUGGCAGGAAAAUUAACACCAAACAUCAGAUUAUUUUUUGUUUUUUCUCUGGGAUGGUUGAGUUUUCCUCCCUUUUUACUUUACUUUUUCUCCCAGGUAGCUUUCUCUGUUAGUCAGUGGCUCUGUGAAUAAUAAAAAUAAAAUAAAAAUAGAGAGGACUAUCUGUCUGUCUGUGACAUGUUGUGACCCCCUCUUCCCCCCAACAAUGCUUUGUGAUGGCAAUAAAUAAACUUUACUUAUCAAACUU